AUGACAAGGCGUCGGGAAGAAGUCAAACAGAUCAAGACAUCAGUAGGAACAUGUAGCAUAACAGACGAAGAAUCGAUGGUGGUAACUCUUGUAAAAGAUUCCGAUUUUGAAGAGCAUGGUCAAAUUUUUCAGAGCACUGGGGUAUCCAUCAAAUCAUUAACCUUGAAGUCGUCACCAGAUGCUACAAAGGAACCUGAUUGGAACUGCGAACAAGCCAAACAAUUUUCCCUGGAUAUCGCUUCCUUACUUCCGAAUCUAGAGAGUGUCACAUUUCACAACUUUGGCAUGCAUUCCGACUCCAUCCCGAUACAUUUACUGACAUCGAUGAUACAGACAUCCGAGGCACGCCUGAAGAGUUUUCAUCUCAAUUGCGUCUGCUUAUUGGGUAGCCACAAGGAAAUCGAAGAAUGGGCUAGUGCCAUUCAACGGCAAAAGCACCUUGAAUACUUUCGGAUCAGCUAUUGUGGGUUUUCUACCACCGUUCCAUCAUCCUGUACGCUACACCCAAUCAUCAAGGCGCUAUCUUCCCUCCCCAAUUUGAAGAGUCUAGAGCUUUGGUCCUAUGCCGAAGGGCGGCUUGGAACACUACGAGACCAUAGCCUGUCAAGACUUCUUCAAAACUCCAAAACCUUGACGGCAUUGCAUGUAGAAGGCUUCACCUUGGGUGAUGAAAUUGUCUCCAAACUGGCAACUGCAAUACGCGACAAUACAUGCCUUCAGAAGCUAGACUUGCACAUUUUGAAAGAGGCUUCCAGUGGCACUCUGAAGCUGGCAAAAGCUUUGCGUCACAACAAUACGCUACAGGCACUGGAGAUAUUCCUAUCGAAUAGUAGUGAUGCUCCUACCGCUGACAGAACAUCACAACCACAACAAACCACAUCUGGCAAAGAAUUUCUUCCACUAGUGGCCCGGGCCCUAUCGUCCAACCACAACAAAUCUCUGCAAGACCUUCGCAUCCAUUGUUAUCAAAAGGUAACGCAGGUGGAGGAAGAAGCCUUUGCACAAAUGCUAGAGACCAACCACACACUAGAAUUUCUGUAUCUCUCGGGCUACGAAGGGGAUUAUCGGCCCAAAAUUGAGUAUUUCUUGCAUUGGAAUCGACGGGGGCGUCGUCCUGGAGUGCUACAGCAGAAACUGUGCCAAAGGGUGGCACACAAAAAGAGUAGUCAAAUCAAAGCGAAGGAACACGGCAACUCGGAGGAUUACAACAAUCAUGCACAAAGGAAACACAAACAACGACAAGAACGGUUGAACAGGCGGUGA